GAUACCAUCAAAAUCUGAAGAUCAAAUCUUUAAAAUUUCUCCGAUAUCAUAAAUCUCCAAAUGCACUCUAGCUUACAAAAUCACGAUUUAUUUCUAAAAUCUAUAUCAAUCUCGAAAUGGCUAGCUUUCUAACUCGUCACUUCCCGUGGUUUCCCCGUCCUCGGUUUCAUUUCCUGAAAUGGUGGACAAGGAAAAACUAUGAGAUAAACUUAGUAAGUAAAAUAUGGAUUGCCCUUAAUUAAACUUAUAGCAUGCCAACAUGUGCAAUCACGAAAAACGGAUACAAUACGGGAACGAAAUAGACGUCUCCUCUAUAGGUCAUGGCCAGCGUCUAACACCCACUGACAGGCGCACUGUUUGCUGGUGUAUAAUCCCCACAAGCAGGGUCACUGUUUGCUGGUGUAUAACCCCCACAAGCAGGGUCACGAAUAACAUAUCGACAUGUGCCGACAUGUGCUAGCGUUUAACUCCCACUAGCAGGAUUACAGAAACAUAUCGACAUGUGCCGACAUGUGCUAGCGUUUAUAAACUCCCCCACUAGCAGGGUCACUAAUAACAUGACCACAUCGGAGACAAAACAAGCAGAAGUUAACAGAAAAAUCAUACUUUACCAAUCACUUUCAAAUCACUUUCAGAUCAUCAGGACAAUCACUUA